AUGGCCUCCUUCCUCGAAGAGCUUUGGAAUUCCAUCUUUACGCCUGGCCCGACGCCGACGCUCCUCGUUGCUACCAAUGCCGCAUUCGCCGCCCUGCAGCUCCUCUUUCUGAUCCUACUCAUCGCAACGUAUUCUCUACACUUUUUGGUAUUAUCGGUCCUGUGCGGCGGUCUUUGGUACUCGAUCAACUGGUUCGCUACGGAAAUCGCAAAAGAACAACAAGCGCAAAAGGCAAAAGAGAAGAAAGAAAAGAGCCCAGAGCCAGAUAACGCGAGUGAUACUGAAACUGAAGGGCCGCCGCCGCACGCGCCAGAUGAUGAUUCCGUGAAACCCACGACAAUACCGACGGCGCGCAGCCAAAGUCCAAGACACGAGAGGCCGAAAGACAUUUCACCCACGCUUCUUGAACCGAAGAUGGCCGAAAGUACAGAGGCACUGAGGCGUCGGCGCAGCCUGGGCGAGAGCUCGGGUUAUGUCAGCACUGACAGUGAGUGGGAGAAGGUAUCUGAAGGAGAAGAGAAGAGCAAGUGA